AUGGUAUUGAAGAACUCUAAAUGGGAUAGGAAAGCCAAAACCAAGUACUUGAAGAAACAUGGGUUGAACAAGAAACCUGUUUCUAUUGAGCCAGACCAAAGACCUAAAUGGUCUUCUAAACGUGCUGGUACAAGUAAUCAACAAAUAAUUCUUGAAGACAGUGAUAGUGAAUGGGACUCGGAAGAGGACGAAGAGCUCUUAAAUCAAUAUUAUCCAGAAAUAGGCAAAGAAAAUCUAACUCGAGAACAGAAAGAAAAGAUUAAACAACAAAUUUUGCAAGGUCUUAUCGAGGAACAAGAGAAUAGCAAGGAGGAGGCAAAUGAAGCAGAAAGAAACAGAGAGGAACAAGAUGGUAUUUACCUUGGAUCGGAGGAAAAUAGAAUUAAAGAGAAUAUCGCAGAAGAAAAGAAGACAAAGCUUGAUGAAUAUGUAUCGAAAGAUACAGUAUUAACUAAGACCAAAAAGAAUAGAAAGUUACCGAAAAAUAGAAUGCAAGACAAUCUUUUGGAAGAAUAUGGCAUAGAAAGUUAUUCUGAUACCGUGACGAAAGACAUAGACGAUUACAACCUGUCAUAUUAUUCGCAAAAGGAGCGACGUAACAUUGAUAAGAUUCCUGCUAGUGAACUUGAUGGGUUCAGAAUUGGGGAGUCAUCUUUGGUCAACAAGUCAAAGGCGCCUUACCAAGAUACCCAUACCCUAAGAAACUUGACUGAAGAAGAAAUUAAAGAAAAUGCAGAAAGAGCUGUAAAAUCGGAACAGAAUAAAUUCUACAACCAAAUAAAAACAAGAUUCAACGUUUCAGAAUCUGGCCCAAAUACCAAAUCAAAGGUAAUAGAGAUAAACAAUUUUAAUGAAAAUGAUGCAGACCAGCUAAAGAAUUUGAAUUCCAAAUUGAUAAACAAUAACCUGGGUGCGCCUGCCCUUGUCGAUAAUGAACUAGAUGACGAUAUAGAUAUAUUAUUAGGGGAUGUCAAACAUAAGAAUGAACCAAAGAAGGUGAACAGCACGCCUGAAAAUUUACAGCAUAAUGAUAAUAUAGACAGCUUCUUAUCGAGUUUGAGUAUUUCUAAGGAUAAGAAACUAGCUUCAAAGAAUGAAAGCUUACAUCAGAAUACGUAUUCAACAAAGAACUAUAGACCGAAUUAUCAGGAACCAAAGACGUUACCAGAUCAGGAUUUCCUAGAUGAUUUGUUGAGUUAA